UAAAAAAAAAAACCGACGAUUGUUUUGUUAUUGUAAUUUGCGUGCCGGUAAUCGUGUUAUCAGGUAAAAACGAACUAAAAUAUUUAACUGUGCAUUGCUUUAUCGUACAUUUAGUAUAAAAAUAACGUGAUUGAGUUGUGCAAAGUAAAAGGCUUAUUUUUUGUAAUGUACCUAGUUCAAAUUAAGUGAGAACAUUCUAUUUAGUUUUUUAUACAUAACCUUUCAUUUAAAAAAUGAAUAGGCAGGCCUAAAGAAAACAUUGUACUACAGGACAAUAAAGUCGUGUUUUGUAAAUACUGUGACGACUGUUGAUGCAGGUGUCUAGAUUAAAAUGUUUACCGAACUUAAAGAAUGAGUCAUCAAUUUGAUUGAAGCAUAAAAUUUAUAACAGAGCAAUCCUGUGGAUUUUUAUGAUUCGAAACAUCAAGGUUUUAUCAUUAAAACUACAUUUUCUGAUCUUCGUGUUUUGGAAAUUAAAUUUUUUUAACUAUUCUUUGUGUUGUUUUUUGAGAAAUCGGAUCAUAAUUUUACAGUGCUAUAGCAGAGAAAUAGCUAAUUGAAAAUAAAGAAUCUCAGCUCCCCAAUUGUGUGUUUCUUAAUGUUUAUACAACAAUAUAACAUUGGCAGUUAAAACAUACAUUUUAUUAGGAAUGUUCAUGGCAAAAGGAACUGAGGUCAACACUAGAGAUGAGAUGGGGAAUACACCUCUUCAUUAUGCUUGUUUUCAUAAUAAUAUCAAAGAAGCAGAGUACCUUAUAAACGAAGGAGCCAAUGUGUUUCUUAGAAACAGCAGAGGUAAUACACCCUUGCACAGUGCAGUAAAAACAGGAUCUGUUGCAAUGGUCGAAUUGUUGCUUAUCAAAUAUUCUGAUAUAAUUGUGCAGAUAAUAGGUAACCUGAGAAACAAGAGGGGUAAAACACCGUUGCAUUACGCAGCGUUACAUAGUUGCAAUAUAAUUGUGGAUUUGUUGCUGAGCAAACAGUUGGAUUUGAAUAUACAGGAUAUGUACGGUAAUCCUCCAUUGCAUUUAUGUUGUUUAAAUAACAACAUUGAUUCAUUUAUACGUCUUAUCAGUGCAGGAGCCAAUAUCAAUCUCAGGGACAACAGAGGUAAUUCAUUGCUGCACAUUGCAGUGAAACAAAAUUGUGUCAAAAUUGUUGAAGUGUUGCUGAAGAAACCGGUUGAUUUAAAUAUGCAGAAUUUUGAUGGAAAUACUCCCCUCCACGUUUGUUGUUUUAAUAACAAUAAUGUAAUGGCUGAGCUCCUUAUAAAGGCAGGUAGCAAUAUAGAUCUUGUAGACAAUGUGGGUAACACACCUUUGCACACUGCAGUGGAACGCAGUAGUUUUGAACUGAAUCUGGAAAAAGAGGUGAAUGUGAACGUGCAGAAUAUAAAUGGUGAUACUCCAUUGCACUUAUGUUGUUUACGUAACAACAUUGAUUUAUUUGAACGCCUCAUCUGUGCAGGAGCCAAUAUCAAUCUCAGAGACAACAGUGGUAAUUCAUUGCUGCACAUUGCAGUGAAACAUAAGUAUUUCAAAAUUGUUGAAGUUUUGCUAAAGAAACAAGUUGAUGUAAACAUGCAGAAUUUUGAUGGAAGUACUCCCCUGCAUCUUUGUUGUGUUUAUAACAAAGCUGUAAUGGUUGAGUUCCCUAAAAAGGUAUAUACCAAUAUAGAUCUUGCAGACAACAUGGGUAACACACCUCUGUAUACUACAGAGAAACACGGUCUUAUUAAAAUGGUUGAAUGCUUUAUAAAUUCUGGAGCUAUAAUAGAUAUUAGAGAUAAGGAAAGGAACACACCACUGCAUAUGGCAGUGAAAUGGAAUUAUGUUGAAAUUGUUAGGUUGUUGCUGAGGAAACAUGCGGAUGUGAAUGCAAAGGAUGUCAAUGGCAACACUCCACUUCAUAUCGCUCUUAGAGUUUUUUUUUCCAAGUUUUAAAAUGAUCAAAUUGCUGCUAGAGGAAGGUGCUGAUGUUAAUAUUAAAAAUGUAGAUGGGUAUGUACCAUUGGCAGUCGCAAUUAAAUGUUCAUUUGAGUAUGAUACUAAUCAGCACAUUUACCACCUGUUACUUGA